CUGCGCACUGCCUUCCACCUACUCCAGUCGCACUUCCAUGGCGCUCGCCGGAGCCGCCAACGGGACCUUCCGUCCUCGUCUCAUCACCGCCUCCGCCGACACCUCCGACACUCAUACUCGCCGCCGCCACUGGAAGGCCGGCGAGUUCCCCUUCUCCACCACCUCCCCCUCCUCCGGCACGCAGCGCCGGAAGCUCCGGACUACGGAGCGCCCUCCCCCAACUCCACCAUCCAAGGGGAAGGUAGACCCAGAGGAGAGAGGUCGCCAGAGGCACUGGAAGGCGGGGGAAUUCCCGGCGGCGGCCGAGUCCCAAUCCCAGUCCGGGAGGAGGGGUCGCGCUCGCACCCCCAUCAAGAACGUCAAGAAGCGGCUCGACGCCCGCGCCGAUUCCAAGGCUUGGGCCUGCACCGUCACCGAGGCCCUCUCCGACCGCAUCGACGCCAAGAACUGGCAAGAGGCGCUUCAGGUCUUCGAGAUGCUCAAGGAGCAACCAUUUUACUAUCCCAAAGAGGGCACCUACAUGAAGCUACUCCUAUUGCUGGGGAGAUCAGGCCAGCCUUCCCUAGCGCGGCAACUUUUCACUGAGAUGCAGCAGCAAGGAUGCCAGGCAACUCCGGAGCUCUACACUGCCUUGAUCGGGGCCUACUGCCGGAGCGGCCUACUGGACGAGGCACUCCAGCUUCUCGAUGACAUGAAAGCCUCCCCGCUCUGCCAGCCUGAUGUCUACACCUAUAGCAUCCUCAUCAAGGCCUUUGUGGAUGCUCCAAGGUUCGACCUCGUCGAUGCUAUGUUCAAAGAGAUGGCCGAGCGCUCCGUGUCACCCAACACGGUCACGCAAAACAUUGUUCUUAGUGGCUACUGCAGGGCCGGAAGGUUGGACGACAUGGAGAAGCUACUCUCCACAAUGCUCGAUAGCACAACUAGUAAGCCGGAUGUCUGGACCAUGAACAUUAUCCUAAGCCUGUUUGGGAACAGUGGCCAAGUUGGUUUGAUGGAGAAGUGGUACGAGAAAUUCCGAGGCUAUGGGAUUGAGCCGGAGACUCGGACGCUCAACAUUCUCAUUGGCGCUUAUGGGAAGAAGCGGAUGUAUGACAAGAUGUCUGCGGUGAUGGAGUACAUGCGCAGGUUAGCGUUUCCAUGGACGACCUCCACGUACAACAACGUCAUUGAGGCAUUUGCUGAGGCAGGCGAUGCGAAAAACAUGGAGGACACAUUUAACCAGAUGCGCUCAGAGGGGAUGAAGCCGGAUACAAAGACCUUCUGUUGUCUCAUAAAUGGGUUUAGCAAUGCAGGCCUUUUCCAUAAGGUGGUAGGCAUGGUCAAGCUUGCUGAGAGGCUUGAUGUACCGGCAAACACAUCUUUUCACAACGCUAUUCUUGCGGCAUGUGCAAAGGCAGAGGAUCUGAUGGAAAUGGAGAGGGUCUUCAGGCACAUGAAACAUAUGCAUUGUGUUCCAGAUGCCACCACAUAUUCCAUCUUGGUGGAAGCUUAUCGGAAGGAAGGAAUGACUGACAAGAUGUAUGCUCUGCAACAGGAGAACCCAAGUUUGGUUUCGACUGAGCUUGUCAUGGUGUAACUAGCCUCAUGACUUGAUUAUGGUGUUGAGUUCAUCUAACUGGAAUGAAAAAUCUGUUUCUGUUCA